AUUGACAUUUCUGAAAAAAGUUUUUAUUUUAUUAAUCGAACUUUUUGGCUGCAAACUUUUUGGAUGUCAAUAUUUUUGCGACAGAAGCAGUAGUUGGGAUUUUAAAAAUAAGCUGUGAAUUUAAGUGCUGCAGUAUGCGCGAGAGUCUCCGUCGACUGGCGUCAGAUGACGGCAUGGAGCGCCGCGGGCGCAUCGCCGGCAGCCGCCGCGUGCGCGUCGAGCUCAUGUUGGCAGAGCAUAUCACUGUUGAUGUUGAUCGCAAAGCCCGUGGCUCCGACCUGCUGGACAAGAUCUGUGACUCCCUGGAACUGGUGGAGAGAGACUACUUCGGCCUGCUCUACACGCAGCGAGGGGAUCCCAGGGUCUGGGUCGACCUCAAUAGGAGACUGUCUAAGACUUUCAGAAACGAGCCCUGGGACGUGCGGCUUGCUGUGAAGUUCUACCCUCCAGAGCCCAGUGAGCUGAAGGACGACGCCACCAGGUACCAGAUAGCGCUGGCUGUCAGAAGAGACCUCAUGGAAGGUCGCCUAACAUGCUCCCAGAUCACCUACGCGCUGUUGUCGUCGUACGUGCUGCAGGCGGAGCUGGGCGACUACGAGGAUUGCCACGACAUCACCACCGCGCUGCACCAGCACAGCGCCGUGCCUGUCAAUGCCAUCACACCCGAGCUGGAGGCUAACAUUGAUGAACUGUAUCGGAAACAUAGAGGACAAACCCCGGCAGAAGCAGAGCUGAAUUACCUGGAGACUGCGAAGCGGUUAACGUUGUACGGCGCGGAGCUGCACACUGCGCUCGACUGCCAGGACGUCGCCAUCGCACUCGCUGUCUGUCAUAGUGGAGUCGCUGUCUAUAGGGACGGCCUCCCAAUGAACCGGUUUCCCUGGGCUAAGAUAACAAAGAUCUGCUACAACAAGCGACUGUUCACGCUGCGGCUGCGAGCUGGUGAGUUCGAGGAGUUCGAGACCAUCCUCAGCUUCAAGCUCGCCUCCACCUCUGCCUGCAAGAAGCUGUGGCGCUGCAGCGUGGAGCAUCAUAUGUUCUUCAGACGAGAAUACCCGGUAGUAGUGGAACGUAUACCAGGGUUUGCCCGCCUGGGAUCCCGACGUCUCUCCUGCAGACGCACGCUACGUCAGAUGAGAGCUGAAUCCGACAACACGCCCACCGCAGCCUGACACCACACGCCUCGUGCCAUUGGAACAACACCGAGCACUGUUUGAUGAACUCACAUCAAGACUUCAUCUCCCGAGAGGGUAGGCAGGACACUUAUUGCCAUUUUUAUCAACCAUCUCCUAACUAAAAGUUACGUGUUAGCCUUAUGUAGCCCAAAAAGUAAACCCGUGUACUGUUAGGUGUCGCUUGUAGGUUGGUGAAAACGAAUAUCGUUAAACUAGCUGAGCCCGUGACUUCAUCCGCGAGGAAUAGUGAUUCACAGCUCCUCCCCCGUAGUUGAUAGCAUGAUAAUAUGCAGCCUAUAUGUUGACCCGACCU